AUGAAGGCGAGCAACUUGAGAAACAUUCUCAACCCGCUAGAUCAGCAGCAUCUGAAUGCGGAAUAUACCACGGUCCCACCGCGAACGACGACUUUGGCAGCAGCAGCCACUACGACGACGACAACGACGACACCAGCGGCCGUGGCUGCAGCAGUAGCAAGUAGGAAUGCGCUGUCUAACGCGGCCCCGAGAACUCUUGUCGGGCUCAACGACAGUCAUCCAUCCACAAUAGCAGCAGCAGCGGCAACGGCAACGGCAACAACACCAUCUUCCUCUUGUUCGGUAUUUCCCGCACCACACCGCUUCCCGUCACGAGAGGACAGGUCCCUAUCUCCUCGAAUACUCCCUCAGGCCACGCAGGAAUGGGACCGGCAGAGGCUGCUGCCCGCCAUCAAUGGGCUAGGCACGCCACACCCAAGCCCCCUAGUCCUGCCGCUUCCCAGGGACAUGGCAGUCCAACAACAGCAGCAGUCUCCCGCAAGCAGCCGAAGCGUCUCCGUCACAACCCCGCAGGCCCGCCAUCCGAAGCAGGAAUUCCCCCAGCAGCAGCAGCAGCAGCAGCAGCAGCAGAAGCAGAAGCAGCUGGCUCUGCCAUCCGCAUCAUCCCCAUGGAGCAGCACGGGUCACGGGGCCACUCCACGCCGGCUGUUGUCCCCUUUCGGUGGCGACAUUGCAGCUCAGGGGACGCCUUCGCCCUUUUCCAGCAACGCCAUGUCGCAGGCCCUCGACCGGCAGCAGCCACCGGCAUCUCUGGCCGCGACAUCGACCAACACAGCUAGCACCAGCAGCAUCGGGAGCAGCGUUGACAGCAACAACGCGGCAGCAGCAGCAGCAAACUCGGCAUUCCCCAGCACCACCACCCCCCGAGGCCGCCCACCGCUGUACAGCCGCGGGUUCUGGAUACGGGACGACCAAGUCCGGGAGCCUGUCAUCUCCGUACCGCUGGUCGGGGGCGGUGGAGGCGGCGUUGGCUUGGGGCUGGGCGUGGGUGUGGGCGCCAUCGAGUGCACGGUGGAUCUGAAGCAGGGCUCGGCGGCGGCGGACGCGAAGCGGAGGCGAGACGCGCGGGCGGCGCAGCGCUGCCGAGACCGCAAGCGCAUGCACAACCUCAAGACGGAGCAGGAGCUGGCCCGGUGUCAGCGCCGCGUCGCCCAGCUGUCGCACGAGGUCGACCAGCUGCGCAGGCGCAACAAACUCCUGCUGGACAUGAUGCCCGCGGCCCUGCGGGAGGACGCCGAGCGGGCUGGCUCGCCCGUGACGUCGCCUUUUCCUGCUGACGAUUAA